AUGGCCUUUUCUGCACUGGUACUGAGCGCCAGAGCCUUGCAAGUGUUGAAACAAAACCAGGGCCCCCAGCUGGACUCCUGCUUCUCGCUGGGUGUCAAGUUUCACAGGAGACAGGCCAAAGCUUUGAUCUUGGAUGAAGACAUGGCGGUGGGACCGUCAGCGGAGCCUGCCCCAGAAUGCCCCAAGGGUGUGGAUGACCAGCAGUCCAGCCCCAACACGGCCCAGGCCCGCAUGCCGCUGCGCGGUGAGGACUGCUCCGCUAGGGCCGCCUGGGGCACGGACAGCGGCGGGGGCGGCACCGCUGGGGCGCGUGGCGGUGGGGGCGGCACAGAAACUGCAGCCCCACAGGAGCUUAACAACAGCCGGCCGGCACGCCAGGUGCGCCGCCUGGAGUUCAACCAGGCCAUGGAUGACUUCAAGACCAUGUUCCCCAACAUGGACUACGACAUCAUCGAGUGCGUGCUGCGCGCCAACAGUGGCGCCGUGGACGCCACCAUCGACCAGCUGCUGCAGAUGAACCUGGAGGGGGGUGGCGGCAGUGUCUACGACGACAGCUCUGACUCAGAGGACAGCAUCCCCCCAGAGAUCUUGGAAAGGACUUUGGAACCUGAUAGCUCCGACGAAGAGCCCCCGCCUGUGUACUCCCCGCCAGCCUACCACAUGCACAUGUUCGACAGGCCUUACCCUCUGGCUCCCCCCACUCCACCUCCCCGGAUCGACAUACUGGGCUCCGGACCCCCUUCAAGCCAGCGGCGCUAUCGGAACUGGAACCCACCGCUGCUGGGCAACCUCCCCGACGACUUUCUCCGCAUCCUGCCGCAGCAGCUGGGCAGCGUGCAGGGUAACACUGGGGGCCCCAGGCCUCUGAGCAGAGAGCGGGGUCCGCCUCCCACUGCCGGGCCCGGGACUCGAGACCAGGAGAGCCGCUGGAAGCAGUACCUGGAGGACGAGCGGAUCGCGCUGUUCCUGCAGAAUGAGGAGUUCAUGAAAGAGCUGCAGCGCAACCGUGACUUCCUCCUUGCCCUGGAGAGAGAUCGAUUGAAAUACGAGUCCCAGAAAUGCAAAUCCAGCAGCACGGCUGUGGGGACCGACUUUGUCUCUCCCUCACCUGUCCCAGGAACCGGUGAUGCCAACCCUGCUGUGUCUGAAGAUGCCUUAUUCAGGGACAAGUUGAAGCACAUGGGAAAAUCCACCCGGAGGAAGCUGUUUGAACUCGCCCGGGCCUUCUCCGAGAAGACCAAAAUGAGGAAAUCAAAGAGGAAACACUUGUUGAAGCAUCAGUCGCUGGGGGCUGCCGCAUCAACAGCCAAUCUCCUGGACGACGUGGAGGGCCAUGCCUGUGAUGAAGACUUACGAGGAAGGAGGCAGGAAGUGCCCAAGAUGGAGGAAGCCCUAAGAGAAGGACAGUAAGAGAUGCCAGCCACUCCUGGAGAUGAUCCGACGGUCAGACAACCGGAGACAACACCGGCACCCAGCUGAAGGGCCCAGCUGCCGCCGGACAGAUGGUGCUUGCAAAUCGAGGCCCAGAUUCUCCGGCCACAGUCCAGCCCAGCCAAGCCACUGCCACUUUCCAUGGGACUUAGAACUUCGGAGUUGAUGUCCUGUGAUUGGAGGAAGGACCUGGGGCCCCUGGAGGCAGCAGCCAGGCAUAGCGGCCUUUGUAGCCAGGCUUUCCACAGAGAACAAGUGUAAAUGCAGGAACCACCCCCUUUCUUUACAAACAAACAAGAAACCAACCCAGGGACCUGGCAGAUGUUGGAGUAGGCAACAGGGCAGGAUGACCCUACCAGUGGAGCCUCUGUCUCCCUCCCUUCCCCUCCCCUCCUGUGAGGCCACAGACCCGGCCUAGUCCCCUGUCCCACCCCCACUCCCUCUGGGCACCUUGCUUCCCAAGGUCUCCUGCCUCUCAGACUUUCCCUGGUUGCCUGAGCCUCCACACAACCCUUCACUGAGCUCUGGUGGGAGAGCUCAAGUCAGUCACUUGGUCAUCCUGUGAGGAGUGAUGGGUCACUCCAGAGGCCUCUCUGCUGUCUGCCCUGCCUGGGUUACUCCAGCUGCUUCUCUUAGGGGCUGGUAUGACCCCCAGCAGCCUCCCCUUCACCCAGCAGGAUCUGGCUAGGCAGGAUCUUCAGUUUGGAUGCAGACAAAAGCCAGCUCCGGAGUCCCGCCAUAGUGGGGCUCCCAGGGGCUCGGGCUCCCAGGGGCUCUGCCUCCCUGCUUAGACUAGCUGUCCUGCUGUCCUCUAGGGUGGCUUCCGGGCGGCCCUGAUAAGACGCAGGGCUGAGGAGCAAGGUGAAGCAGCUGCCAGCCUGGGUCGGGGCGCCCAAGGCAAAGGGCUUGCUGGGGGCCCCCCGUGCUCAAAGCCAGAAGGUGAUCUGGAGGGAAACUCCGAUUCUACCAACCACUGCCAAGGGGAGGGGGCGCCCGGGUCUCUCUGGCCCCUCCCCAACACGGGAACGCGCGGAUCUUGCCCGAGAGCCGGAAACCUGGGCAAACACGGGGCUUCGAGGCUCUCGGGGCCGGGGCUCCGCGCGGGCCCGGGAGACUGGGAGAAGGAUCCGAUCUUUGGAGGGGCCGUGGGGGCCCC